AUUUAAUUUAUUAAUAUGUAUUCUAAUUUCACCUACGCUAAGCUUAGAAGAGAAUUUGGAAGACAAUGUGUGUUUUCUAAGUGGGGUCCAAGAUUUUUGGAAAAUUUAUUGCCAGACUCUAAUCUGGAAUAUCAAUGGAUAACAAAAAAUCCAUGUAACCGAAGUACGAACUUAGGAGUUGAUUGGUCUGAGCACGAAGUUAAUACUAUACGCGCAGAAUAUGUGGAUCGUGGUAUUGCUCACGUGGAAGGAGGAUGGCCUAAAGAUGUCAAUUUAGAUGAUCCAGAACAGGUGACAAGGUUCAGAAAAAAAGCAGAAAAAGAUGAUUCUUAUAUGCAUGCUGUACUACAAAUGUCAAAACUCACUGAACAUUUCAUUAAUCAAAAUAAUUCAAUUGAUAUAUACGAGCCCUACUUUGUCGAUCCGAUUUGCCAAGAUGUUCAAACAGUGAGUCCCUCUUAUCGAAGUAUAGCCGUUAUGUCUGAUCCAAGUAACCUCACAAGGCCUGUCCAACAUCUGUCUUGGUCUCCUGAUGAAGCAUCUAAGAUAGCUGUAAGCUACGCUAACGUAGAAUUUGAAACUAGAGGUUCAUCAAAUAGUCCAAAUUCAUACAUAUUUGAUCUUGAAGAUUCAACUAUGCCAAGCUUUAUUGUCACAUCACAGUUUCCAAUUGUUAAACUUGAAUUUAACAGUCGUGAUAAAAAUAACCUUGCUGGAGGUCUAAUUAGUGGACAAGUUGCUUGUUGGGAUACUCGCAAAGGAUCAGACUGUAUUGCCAUGAGCAAUUUAAAGAAUAGUCAUCGUGAUCCAGUGACAGGUAUUUAUUGGAUACAUUCAAAAACAGGGACAGAAUUUUACUCUGGUUCAAGUGAUGGUCAGGUUAUGUGGUGGGAUACCAGAAAACUCGAUGAGCCAACAGAAGUUUUAUUGCUCGAUUUAACGAAAACGGAAGAUGAAGAAGAGCAAGAUUGGGUAAAGUGGUCACGAUCACAUGGAAUAACUUGUAUGGAUUAUGAUCCUUUACUUCCUAUUCGGUUUAUGAUAGGCACUGAAACCGGUUUAGUGUUUAACGGGAAUCGUAAAGGUAAAACAAUAUUUGAAAAAAUAUCUGGUAUUUACAAUUGUCAUUCUGGUCCUAUAUACUCAGUGCAGCGGAAUCCUAAUUUUUUAAAAAAUUUUUUGACAGUUGGCGAUUGGCAAGUUAGAAUAUGGUCCGAAGACUGUAAGGAUUCACCAAUUAUGUGGACAAAGCGUCACGAAAUAAGAUUGAUUGAUGGUGCAUGGAGUGAAACAAAACCAUCUGUAUUUUAUUCAGCUAGAGUAGAUGGUUGUUUAGAUACUUGGGAUAUUUUACAAGAACAGAAAAAUCCUAUAAUUACAAUCAGAGUGUCUGAUAAAAGUUUAAACUGUGUUAGAUGUCACGAAAAUGGAUCUUUAUUGGGUGUCGGUGAUAUCAGUGGUAAUACGUUCAUUAUUCAAAUGAAUGACUGGUUUGUGAGUCCUGGAAAAAAUGAUAAAGCUCUUUUAACUGCAAUGUUCGACAGAGAAACCAAACGCGAAAAAAUUAUUGAAGCAAAAUUACGUGAAUUCAAAUUGAAAACAAAGGCCGCAAAAGAAUUAAUUUCAACUAAAGAUAAACGAACCCAGAUAGCCGUAGCUGAAGCGAAAUUGAUUGAAGAAGCAGAAAAGCAAUUUUUUGAAGUUAUAACUAAUGAAGUUAAAGAAAAUGAAUACAUUAAAGGAGAAAAUUUUGAAGAAGAAGAAUCGAUACUUGAAGAUGAGAGUCCUUAUGUUAUAAAUUGAUAUAUUAUUGUUUUUCAAUUAUUCAAUUCUAUUUACUAUAAAAUUUAUGUUCUAUUCAAGCAUAUGAGAUCAAAUAAACUUAUAUCUCUGAUUAUGAAGUAUUUCAGAGUUGUCUUUGAUAAAAGUUUUAAUUUAUAAUGUAUGAUUAUUUUUAUGUAAAAUAAUUUAGUGUGGUAAUUUUUUUUAAAUUGAGUUUCAAAUAUUAUAUAAAGUUAUCCGUAUAAAUAAGUGCAAACAAAUUUCGGCAUUCAAUUUUUGUAUUAUAUAUUCUAAUAAAUGUUUAAAAGAUGUACCAAAAAUAUAAAGAACACAUGAUUAUAUC